CCUAUACUCCAAUAUAUAUACUACUUGCCCUUCAUCUCUAUAACAUUGUGGUACUUGAUCAUUUUUGCCAAUGACCUUUUUGUCUUAAGCUCUUAAAUUCUUUGUCAUCAUCAAACAAACCUCCACUAAAAGAGAAACUCAACCGAACAAAAUAGCCAAACCCCAUUUGCAUAAACCUUCAAAAUUAUGCAUUCCUUAUCAACAUAGCCAUUAAUUGUGCAGUAGUGACCAUUUUUUCCCCUUUAUCUAUUGUCAUUUGUUUCAAGAAAUCAAAUGAAACAUCUUUAAACCUCAAGAACUAAGAUAUUUUUGUUUUCAAUUGCAAAUAAACCAUCCAAUGGAAUUAACUUGCAGCAGCAACCCCACCAAAAGUACUCUUGAUUCAGAAAAUGAUACCCCACCACUAAUUAAGCCUUUGUCUUUCAGCAACGGCACACUCAAGAACCACCACUUCCACCACCAACAGCCUCCGUGUGCGGCGGUGACUUACAAAGAAUGUUUGAAGAACCAUGCAGCAAGUAUAGGCGGACACGCCGUGGACGGUUGCGGUGAGUUUAUGCCAUCGCCUGAUUCCAUCCCUUCAAAUCCCACCUCCCUCAAAUGCGCCGCGUGUGGCUGCCACCGCAACUUCCACCGCCGUGAACCGGCGGAGGAUAAUUCAUCACCCACCCAUUUUCCCUCGCACUUUAUUAACUUCCGCCACCAUAUUCUUCCACCAAUCCGGCGGUUCUCCCCUUCUCCCUCCUCAUCUCCACCGCCACCGCUACAACCACAGCCUAUUACCCCAAAAGCAGAAUACAACCCAAGUGGGAGAAAGCGAUUUAGAACAAAAUUCACACAAGAACAAAAAGAAAAAAUGCAUUCUUUUUCAGAAAAAUUAGGGUGGAAAUUGCAAAAGUGUGAUGAAGCUAAGGUAGAAGAAUUUUGCAAUGAAGUUGGAGUUGGUAAAGGAGUUCUUAGAGUUUGGAUGCACAAUAACAAGAACACUUUUGCUAAAAAAGAUGAUCACAAUAACACUAAUGGGUUCAACAUCAACGACAGCAGCAGCAAUGAAGAUCACAACAACAACAAUGAUAGUAAUAAUUGUGGACUUCAUCUUCAUAUUUCUACUAAUGGGUCUUCUUCUUCAUCUUGAUUUAUUAGUAAUUUGUGUAACAGAAAUUAAAUAUGGUUUAUUUUGUUUUGUUUAUUGUUAUCACUAGCAGUUGUUAAAUGUUCAAGGAAAUGAAACCAAGAAGAGGAAAUAAUAAGGAUUAAGAUGUUCUAUCUAUUUGCUCA